AUGUCAGACGCACCGCAAGCACAAGUCAAGGCCACCUCAAACGGCAUUCCUGUUCCAAGCUUCGAUUUGCCGUUACCUGACAGACCAGACAUCAUCACCGCCAACGUCCAGAAGCUCACAGAGCUAACACCCAAUCCACGCCACAGGUUCAUCUUCAAGGCGCUGCUCAAGCACCUGCACCAGUUCGUCAACGAGACCAGGCGCGUUUACUACCUGUUGAAUCUCCAGUUCUCGACUGACGCCACGACUAUCCCCAGUUUGACCACAGAUGAAUGGAUGGCAGCAAUCGAUUUCUUGACGCGCAUCGGACAAAAGUGCACACCAUUGCGUCAAGAAACCAUUCUGCUAUCAGAUGUCCUAGGUGUUUCUGCUCUCGUCGACUCGAUAAAUAAUCCCAUUGCGGGAGGGGCAACCGAGAACAGCGUCCUGGGUCCAUUCUUCACCGAGGAUGCUGCAGAUGUGAACUUUGGUGAAUCGAUCGCGUCUGAAGGAAAGGGAGACUACAUGUACGUCGAAGGUCGGAUUUUGACGACUGACGGGCAACCAAUCCCUAAUGCCGUCAUCGAAACUUGGGAGACCGAUGCCGAUGGAUUCUAUGACACCCAAUACGCAGACCGCUCUCAUCCCGAUUGCAGAGGUCGCCUACGCUCUGAUGACGAUGGUAAAUUUGGCUAUCGUGCUGUUGUACCAGUAGCGUACCCAAUUCCUGGAGACGGUCCAGUUGGUGAACUUCUUCUCCUUCUUGGUCGACACAACAUGCGGCCAAAUCAUUUACACAUGAUGGUCGAGGCCCCUGGUUUUCACAAAUUAGUCACGGCAUUUUAUCCAGAUGGCUGCGACUAUUUAAGAAGCGAUUGCGUCUUCGGCGUCAAGAAAUCUUUGGUAGUGAACUUGAAGGAUAUUGUAGACGACGAGGAAGCUCGUAAACGCGGGUUUCCUCACGGUGACUCGUUCAAGUUAUUACAAUAUGAUAUUGUAUUACUCACGGAAGACCAGUCUGCCGCGAUGCGUGCUGGCAUUGAGGAAGAACGAUACACGAUUAGUGAUAUCAUAAAAAGUACUAAAUCAUAA